UAAGCGUGCCCAAGUCCCCUAGGUUUUCGUUAAUUCCACUUCGAAUUCCGCUCGGCUCACAAUCAAAAAAAGCGAAUCGACAUGAAGGUCUAUAUUCUCGCCAUCUUGCUCGCAGUCGUUUGCAUCUCUUCUGCCCAGUUUCCGGCCGGAUGGAACUACAAUCCGUACCUCUACUUCCCGUACUCGGCCCUCCAGCCACCGGCGCAGGAAACGGCUGAAGUGGCAGCCGCUCGUGCUGCCCAUAUGGCCGCUCACGCCGCUGUCGCUCGUCGUGCACGCUCCGUUGAAGACACUCCCGAAGUGAAAGCGGCCACCAUCGAACACUACCGCGCCUACAACGAAGCUGCCUUGGCUAAUGGUGUUUUUGCAUUCUUGCCAGCACGCUACGCCAACAUGCCUUGGGCCAUGCCCCAGCCAGUCCAGGAAACGGCCGAAGUUGCUGCGGCUCGUCGCGCUCACUUGGCCGCUCACGCUCUUGCUCGAGGAAAACGAUCUGUUGAAGACACUCCCGAAGUGAGGGCCGCGACGAUCGAACAUUACCGCGCUUACAACGAAGCUGCCUUGGCUAAUGGUGUUUUUGCAUUCUUGCCCGCUCGCUACGCUAACAUGCCAUGGGCUAUGCCACAGCCAGUCCAGGAGACUCCCGAAGUCGCUGCCGCACGCCGCGCUCAUUUGGCUGCUCACGCUCUAGCCGCCGCACGAGGUUAAUAAGACCCAGAUCCAAUGUCGUUUAUCUUUUUUUGCUACUCGUACAACACCUGAACAAUUCGAAUGGUACCCCCGAUAUGCCGAUGGCUUUUUUUAUUU